UUUAUUCAGUUUGGCGUGUGGCUCCCGCGCCUCUCCCGCCCGCUGCCGACCACGAUCCGUGCCCAGGGUUGGGAUGGCUCCGGGAGGGAGCGGGGCUGUGCGUGGCAGGGCGCAGAGAGCAGUGCUGGGGGUGUCCCCAGGGACCUGCUGGGCCCUCAGGGUGCCCUCAGCUCCUGUGCCAGGUGGCAUCCACACCCUCCCUGUGCCAGCACGUGGAUUCGGUGACCCCCUGGGUGCUUCCUCCUCGCCCCACGUGCCCCAGGGACCACCAGGGAUCUGAUCAGCAUCCGGCAGUGGCACGAGAGCCGCCCACGCCGCCCGUGUCUGCCAGGGACAGGGGUCAGUGUCCCCGCCAGGAGCUGCCUCGGCGCAGGGAGUGGGUGACGUCCGCCGCUAAUCGGCCAGAUGGUGACACCCGGCGGGACGCCAGCCCUGAGGUCACCGCGGAGCUCGGGCUCAGGGUGCGGGGCGGCAGCGCCCACAGGAAAGCCCAGACCAUGCUGGCCUGCCUGCAGAGGACUCAGAACCCCCCAGCCCAGCACCUCCCCUGCCCCAACAAGGCGCUGGAGCCACGCAAGUGCGAGACGGCCCCCAUGCAUUCCCCGCGCUACCCCAGCCCCGCCGAGCUGGACGCCUACGCACAGAAGGUGGCCAACAGCCCGCUGACCAUCAAGAUCUUCCCCACCAACAUCAGGGUCCCCCAGCACAAGCACCUUAACCGGACGGUGAACGGCUACGACACCACGGGGCAGAGGUACAGCCCCUACCCCCUGCACGCCGGCGGCUACCAGGGGCUGCUGGCCAUCGUCAAAGCCUCCGGCAAAAGCGUGGUGAAGAACUCGGAGGGGAAGCGGACUAAGCUCUCGCCUGCCCAGGUGGGCGUUGCUCCCUACCCCGCCUCAAGCACUUUAGCUCAAGGUCCCUCCUGCGCCGGGCAGCUGAGCUACCACGGCGGCCAGAAGCAGCUGGAGGGUCCCGUGCCCCCCAACGUGACGGUGGCGGCCUCGGUGCUGCCUCUGGCGGGAAGGAGCCUGGCCCUGCCACCCUCCAACCUGCCCUCCAUCCAGAGCAUCAUCUACCAGAUCAAUCAGCAGUGCCAGGCGCAGGGUGCCCAGCCCGGCUGCCCGGCCGUCGUGGCCGCCCACCCCAGCCCGGCCAAGCACGGCGCCUUCGGCCCCGGCUACGGCGGCACCGUCCUGCCCGAGUGCCGCAAGGGCGCCGAGCUGGCGCUGGGCUCCAACCCGGCCGCCGCCCUGGGACCCAAGGCGGGCGUUUACCCCGAGGGCAUGGACUACCUGGUGUGGCAGCAGAAGCAGCAGCAGCAGCACCUGCGAAUGUACAGCGGGGGCAGCGGCGGCGGGGGGGCCCUCAGCAAAUCCCCCGAGACGUGCGCGGGCGCCUCGCGGCCCUACGGCCUGGGCGGCGCGGCCGACAAGGUGAGCUCGUCGCCCUUGAACUGCAUGCACGGCAACUUCGCCGUGGGGCAGUACUUCGCUCCCCCCUGGAACAGCAUCCUGGUGACCCCCAACAGCGACUGUUACAACCCGCCGGAGCUGGGGGCCGGGCCCCGCGAGCUGGGGGUGCCCCCGGCCGAGGGGCUGCCCAGCAAGACCCUCUGCAAUACCUCCAUCCUCAGCAGCAGCCUCCAGUCCCUGGAGUAUCUCAUCAACGACAUCCACCCGCCCUGCAUCAAGGAGCAGAUGCUGGGCAAGGGCUACGAGACCGUGUCUGUGCCAAGGCUCUUGGACCACCAGCACGCCCACAUUCGCCUGCCCGUCUACAGAUAAGGGAUUGAUGCUGCUCUUCCCAAACCCAGGGCGAGGACUUUGGCGCGAGCUGCCGGUACCGGACGGCGGCAGCGAGGGCGGGGGGACAGGGAGGGGGACGCGGGGUCGGCUGCCGAAAGGGCUCCCGGGACACUGGCGUUGCACCGGGGUCCCCAGACUGGACACACCCGCGACCCGCUGGAAGCCGAGGCCGAAGGACCGCUUGUCUAUAUAGCUCAGAAAUCAUUUUAUCUCCACGAAUGUGAACAGGGAAUUGCUACGAGUUGCUGCUAUCCAGGGAGGGGAGGCUCCGCUGCGCUGGCAGUGCCCAGAGCGGGGCAGAGCCCGGUGUCGUGGCCGGCCGGGAGGCUCCAGGGUGGGUCCCAGCCCAGGGUGUGGCCAGGGGGGGCUCUGUGGUGGCCGGUGCUGACCUGGCAGCUGUCCAGGAGGCUCCACAGUGGCCGGUCCUGGCACCAUGGUGGCCAGUGCCUGCCCAGUGGUGGCCAGUGCCAGCCCGGCGUGCGGCCGGUGCGUGGCUGCAGGGAGCUGGCGCCUGACCUGUAGCUGAAGUCCGUAACUUGCACUGCUUUGAUUAAAGCUAAUAACUGGGGACAGUCUGGAGGCUAUUUAAGAAAAACACUUGAAAACUUGAACAGAUUUUUUUUUUUUUUAAUUUUUUUUUUUUUUUUUAGUUGACUAGGCUGUACAUCUACGUGUUGGCUGCUACAGAGUCUCCUCCCACCCCUCUUCUUCCUCAUCCUCCUCUCGCCCGGCCCCACAGUGGCCACGGCUCCUAUUCCCACUCAACCAGGAGAUUUGGGACCCCCUCAGCCCCUCUCUCCCGGGAACCCCCUGGCUAUCACACUUCCAGGCUGUUUUAUUUCCCCCCUUACUGUCAGUUCUACCUUGGUUCUGGGUCGCGGUACCAGGGCACUUGCAUACCUCCUUUUUUUUUUUCUCUUUUUUUUUUUUUUAAAAAAACCAACCCCAAACAAUUCCAAAAUGCUCAUUACGGUCCGUUAUUCACUCCGUGUAAUUCUGUGUUUAAUAGAUUUGUUCAUUUACAAAAGGCUCCUCACCACAAAAUACAAAGUGUUUUGAUGUUUAAAGGUAAAAGAAGAAUAAUAUCCCGAUGAAACCCAAGGUGAUUGUGCUCGGAAAAGAGGUACUGUAUCCCUGAAAGCCUGUUCAAGCACUAAGUGCAUUUACAAAUCUCUGAGAAUGUUUUUUUUUUAUACGAAAAUUGACCAUUAUAUUCUACUGUGAGAAGUGCUGGCUGCACUAUAUUGUUUUAAAAAUGAGAAAACAAAAUGAAAAAAAAGUAAAAAAAAAAAAAAAAAAAAGAAAAAAACCAACACAAAA